AGUGGUGCAUCCGUUCAUUUGCUCGGCCGAGAACAAAAAUGCAGGGCGGAUCCACUGGUAUAGUCUAUGGAGGUCUCAAGUAUCAGGCUCGAUGCAUCACCGACGUGACUGCAGAUACUGAAAAUACCAGCUUCCUUGCUGGAACCCUUAGCCUCAAAGAAGAAAAUGAGGUGCAUCUCAUCCGGCUUUCUUCCAAUGGAACGGAGCUAGUCUGUGAGGGUUUAUUCUACCACCCAAGCGAGAUAUGGGAUCUCAAGUCUUGUCCCUUUGACUCGAGGAUAUUCUCCACGGUCUUCACUUCUG